GUGGGCGGGGCUUGGCGGCCCGGCGGGGCGGGGCUCGGGGCGGGGCCGGCGUGGCGAGGGCCCGGGUUGUAGCACCCGCCGCUGCUGCCGCCGCCACCUCAGAAGCAGGAACCGAAGUCGCCGCCGCCGCCACUGCCUGGGUCGCCGGCCGGCCGCCCGCGCGCUGGCUCGGUCGGGGCCCGCAGCCAUGGAGGACUUCAUCGUGAUCUCGGACGACAGCGGCUCUGAGAGCUCCGGGGGCGCCCGCCCGGGCCGGUCGCGGAGGCUGCGCCGGGCCCUGUCGCGAACCCCCGGCGCGCUGCCCCGCCGGACCGUGGACUUCAUUGACUUAACUAGAGAGACCAGACCAAGGACAAAAGAUCGCAGUGGACUGUGUGUGAUUGACCUGACAAGAGCUGAGGGAGAAGAUAGACCUAUUGCCACUCUUGACUUAACUUUAGAACCUGUCACUCCUUCCCAGAAAAAGCCAACCAGUCUUCAGACAUGGGCCAGCCUCUCUGGCAAAGCGGUGAUGGAAGGGCAGGUGGGCAGAAGCUCUCAGCCUACAGCACGGAGAAUCAUUAACAGUGAUCCUGUAGAUUUGGACCUAGUGGAAGAAAACACCUUUGUAGGUCCCCCACCCGCUACAUCCAUCAGUGGAGACUCUGUUUAUCCAACAGAGCCUAAUUGUAGCUCAGCCACAUUCACAGGUAACCUCAGCUUCUUGGCAAGCCUACAGCUGUCUUCAGAUGUUAGCUCCCUCUCCCCAACAAGCAAUAAUAGUAGUAGCAGCAGCAGCAGCAGCAGCAAUCAAAAAGUACCCUUGCCAUGCCCACAGCAAGAUGUGUCUCGCCCACCACAAGCCUUGCCGUGCCCACUGAGAGCCUCACCUUGUCCACCGCGAGCCUCAUGCCCACCACGAACCUUGUCAUGCCCAUCACAAACCAUGCAGUGCCAACUACCAGCUCUAACUCACCCACCGCAAGAAGUGCCAUGCCCUCGGCAGAAUAUCCCAAGCCCACCUCAAGACUCGUUAUGGUAUCCUCAACACUCACCAAGCCCACCUCAAGACUCUCUGGGCCUACCUCAAGAUGUACCAGGCCCACCUCAAUACAUAUUACAUCCACAAGAUGUGGCAUACCUGCAAGACAUGCCACAGUCACCAGGAACCAUGCCACCAUCACCAGAUGUGCCACAGUCACCAGGAGACAUGCUAGGGUCUCCAGGAGAUGUGCCACAGUCACCAGGGGACAUGCCACACUUACCGGGAGAUGUGUUACGUUCACCUGGAGACAUGCCACACUCAUCAGGGGACGUGACACACUCACCUAGAGACAUCCCUCACUUACCAGGAGACAGGCCUGACUUUAUCCAGAAUGAUGUACAGAACCGUGACAUGCCUAUGGAUGUCUCAGCUCUGUCCUCUCCAAGCUGCCCUCCCAGCCCACAGUCUGAAACUCCCUUAGAGAAAGUUCCUUGGCUCUCUGUCAUGGAAACCCCAGCCAGAAAAGAAAUAUCACUGUCAGAGCCUGCCAAACCCGGGUCUGCCCAUGUGCAAGCACAAACACCACAAGGUGGGUUGUACAACAGACCAUGCCUGCAUAGACUGAAGUACUUCUUACGACCUCCGGUUCAUCACCUCUUCUUUCAGACACUAAUACCGGAUAAAGAUACCAGAGAGAACAAGAGUCAAAAAUUAGAACCCAUCCCUCGAAGACUAAGAAUGGUAACAAAUACCAUCGAAGAGAAUUUUCCCCUGGGGACUGUGCAGUUUUUGAUGGACUUUGUGUCACCCCAGCAUUAACCAGCAAGAGCAAUUGUGGCUCACAUCAUCCAGAAAAUCUUGCUCAGUGGCUCUGAGACUGUGGAUGUCCUAAAGGAGGCCUACAUGCUUCUCAUGAAAAUUCAACAGCUACAUCCAGCCAAUGCCAAGACAGUGGAGUGGAACUGGAAACUGCUCACCUAUGUCAUGGAGGAAGAGGUUUUGGGGGAACAGAUGGUGUUUGGGUACAUGGAACCCAGCACUGAGAGGGACCAUCAGAGGAUGUUCCAUGAGAACUUGGUGAGGGUUGUGGAGAGGUUGGCUGCUGCUUCUCCAUCUUCAUACAGAUGUCCAGACAGGGGACCAGAGGUCUCAGGGCUGAGCUCUACCUGGAAGCCCCUCACGUCUGUAGCCAUCAAACCUCCAGAUAAGACAAGCCCUGAAGCAUUUUGGUUGCAUCAGAAAACAGAUGGAAGGCCAGUCUUCACAGAUGGAUACACCUCAUCCUAGCUUCCACCAACAGAGGUUGCAUCUGUGCAGAAAUUCAUCCCAGAGCACCAGGCAGGUGGGUGUCAACUCCUGCUGAGAUUUCGCUGUAUCAGGAAAUUCAUGCAUCUGGUGCAACUGUCCCGGAGUGGCUCUGACAGUCCAGGCCUGGGCAAUGGAGACACUGAUGACAGCCAUGAGCAGAGUGGUUUUAGUAGAAGUGGCAGAGACAAAAGCCAGGCUAGAGGAGUUUAAGGAGGGAACAGAGGUAAGUAAGCUAGAAAUGAACUUUUCCAGUCACUUGGAAAAAAUAAGACCAAAGAUGAUUAUGCACAUCACAACUGAUACACACACACAGCCCAGGGUCAGGUUCCCUCCUCUCUGGAACCCCUGAUUCCUGCUGGUGCUGUUUUAUCUCCCCAGGUAGCCACCGUGUCUUUAUCUCCCUCCAGAGAAGCAGCGUGCUCCAGACUCUGGUGCACUGGAGGCAGGAGACAGCUGCAGGUGGUGGUGUGCUCUGGAAGAGUAGAAACAGAGACCCCUCAUAGAUACCCUGUCUUCAAAAUAGACCUAGGCUCUUCACCCCACCACCCCUGCCACCACCCCACCCAAGCCACUGCAGUGUCUUGCCCAGACAAGGGGUAUAGCCAACUAACUGAUCCCUCAGAUCUUGCCCUGGUCCCCCUAACUCUUUAUAUGGCAGCUUUCUCCAUCUUAGCACUUUGGGAGGCCGAGACAGGUGGACUGCCUAAGCUCAGGAGUUCGAGACCAGCCUGGGCAACAUGGUGAAGUCCAGUCUGUAUUAAAACUAUAAAAAAUUAGCUGGGCAUGGUGGUGCGCACCUCUAAUCCCAACUACUGUGGAGGCUGAGGCAUGAGAAUCGCUUGAACCUGGGAGGCAGAGGAUGCAGUGAGCCGAGAUGGUGCCACUUCACUCCAGCCUGGACAACAGAGCAAGACUCUGUCUAAAACAACAACAACAAAAAAAAAUGAAAGAAAGAAGGAAGGGAGGGAGGGAGGGAAAGAAAAAGAAAGGAAAGAAAGAAGGAAGGAAGGAAAGAAAGAGAAAGAGAAAACACUAUAACAGAGAUGAUGAAGGCCUUUGAUGGGACCAUCAGUAGACUGGACAUAAAUGAGGAAAAAAUCAGCCUGAAGAUAUGUUAAUAGAACCUUCCCAAACUGUAAUGCAAAGAAAAAAAUGGGGAAAAAAAAAUUAUACAAGAACUGUGGGACAUUUUCAAAAGGUAUUGUAUAUGCACAAUUGAAACACCACAAGGAGAAGAAAGGGAGAACAGAGCAGAAGAAUCAUGAAAGUUAUAAUGGCUCCCAAUUUUCCAAAAGUAAAGGCAGACACCAAGCCACAGAUCCAGGAAGCUUAGAGAACACCAAAUAGGAUAAAUACUUAAAAAAAAAUCAACACCUACAUAUAUUCAAACUGUAGAAAACCAAAGACAAACACAAAAUCUUCAAAGAAGCCAUAGAAAAAAACCCAGCUUGCUUAUAUAGGAAACGAAUAAGAAUUACAGCCUUCUUGUCAGACACCACGCAAGCAAGAAGAGAAAAGGGUGAAAUAUUUAAAGUGUUGAAAGAGAAAACUGGCUGGGCGCAGUGGCUCACGCCUGUAAUCCUAGCACUUUGGAAGGCCGAGGUGGGUGGAUCACGAGGUCAGGAUUUCAAGACCAUCCUGGCUAACACGGUGAAACCCCGUCUCUACUAAAAAUACAAAAAAUUAGCCAGGCGUGGUGGCAGAUGCCUGUAGUCCCAGUUACUCAGGAGGCUGAGGCAGGAGAGUGGCGUGAACCCAGGAGGUGGAGCUUGCAGUGAGCCGAGAUCGCGCCAUUGCACUCCAGCUUGGGCGACAGAGCAAGACUCCGCCUCAAAAAAAAAAAAAAAGAAAACCCCAUCAACCUAGAUUUCUAUAUCCAGCAAAAGUAUCCUUCAAAAGUGAAGAAAACAUUGUGUAUGUAAAGGCUACAGAAUGGUGGAUUUUAUGAUGGUUUAAAAAUGGUGACAUCCAUGUUAUAGAAAUUUUUUGCUCUCACGAAAAGAAUGAAAGAGAAACAAAAACUUUUUGAGGGCCAGGCACAGUGGCUCACACCUGUAAUCUCAGCACUUUGAGAGGCCAAGUCAGGAAGAUCACUUGAGCCCAGGAGUUUGAGACAAGCCUGGGUGACAUAGUGAGACCCCAGCUUUACAAAAAAACUAAAAAUUAGCUGAGUGUGGUGGCAUGGUCCUGUAGUCCCAGCUACUUGGGAGGCUGAAGUGGGAUCCUUUGAGCCUGAGAGGUCGAGGCUGCAGUGAACCAUGUUUGGCCACUGCACUGCAGCCUGGGUGACAGUCAAGACCCUGUUUCAAAAAAAAAAAACUUUCUCAGACAAGCAAAAAAAUGAGAGUUAUUGCCAGCCAAUCUGCCCUACAAAAACAGCUCUUAAAGGAGAAGGGAAGAGAUAUAGGUUAGAAACCCAGAUCCACAUAAAGAAAGGAAGUGUCAGGAAAGGAGUACAUGAAGACAAUAGACAAUCUUUUACAUUUCCUAUUCUUAGUUGAUCUAGUAGGUAAAUGCCUGAUUAAAGUAAUAAUAGCAACACUGUGUUGGGGUCCAUAGUAAAGGAUAGGUGAAAUCAAGAAUAGCACUCUUACAAGGGUGAGGAGAGAGGAACUGGGAAUACUCUGCUAGAAGACACCUGCACUGCCCAUGAGGCAGUAAAGUGCAAUUUGAAAGUGGAUGUUGAUUAGUUGCAAAGCUAUAUUGCGAACUCUAGGGCAAUGAAUUAAAAUGUUUUGAAAGAAGUAUAAUUAUAAUGCUAGAAAGUAAAAAGAGUGGAAUCAUGUAAAAUUCUCAGUUAAACCAGAAAAGACAGAAAAAGAAGGGAAGGUAAGAAAAACAAGGACAAGUGCACCUGCUAGAAAAUAGCUGCAGACAUGGUAGAUAUUAAUCCAACUAUCUCAAUAAUCACUUUAAAUGUGAAUGGCGCUAAAAAUACCAACUAAAACACAAAGACUGCCAGUAGAUUAAAAAAAAAAAAGACCCAAUGAUAUGUUGUCUGUAAAAAAAACCCAUUUUAAAUAUAAAGACACAAAUAGUAUAAAAAUAAAGGUAUGAAGAAAGAUAUACCAUGUUAAUACUAAUCAAAAGAAAACUGGAGUAGCAGUAUUGAUAUCAGAUAAGGCAAACUUCAGAGGGAGAAAAAUGAUCAGGGAUAAAGAGGGCCAUUAUAUAAUAAGAGGGUCAAUACUCCAAGAAGACGUUGUUAAAUCCUUAAUGUGUAUGCACCUAACAACAGAGCAUCAACGUGUGUGAAGCAAAAACUAAUAGAAUUGCAAGAGAAAUAGACAAGUCCACUAUUAUAGUUGGAGACUUCAACACUCUUCUAUCAGUAAUUGACACAUUUAGCAGGCAAAAAAAUCAGUAAGAAUAUAGCUGAACUGGACAAUACUGUCAAGCCACUGAAUCUAAUUGACAUUUAUAGUAUACUUCAUUCAAUAGCAACAGAGUACAUAUUCUUCUCAAGCUCACAUGAAACAUUCACCAAGAUAGACUACAUACUUGGCCUUAAGAUACACCUUACAAAUUUCAAAGAAUACAAACCAUAUAAAGUGUGCUCUCAGAGGAAAUUAAACAAAAUCAAAAACAGAAAGGUAGAUGGGAAAUCUCAAAAUAACUGGAAAUUAAACAAAACACUUCUAGAUACCACAUGGGUCAAAGAAGAAGUCUGAACAGAAAUUUUAAAAUAUUUUGAACUAAAUAAAAAUGAAAAUACAAUGUAUCAAAAUUUAUAGGAAGCAGUGAAAGUAGUGCUUGGAGAUAAAUUAUAAUAUUGAAUGCAUAUAUUAGAAGAGAUUAGAAAGAUUUAAAAUUCAUAAUCCAAGUUUCCAUCUUAGGAAACUAGAGAAGAAAGAUCAAUGUAAGCCUAAAGCAAGCAAAAGGACAGAAAUAAAAAUUAUAGUAGAAAUCAAUAAAAUAGGAAACAAGAAACCAAUAGAAAAAUUCAAAGUAAAAAUGUGCUAAUUUGUGCAGCAGCAAUAGAAAAAAGAAACAAAAACAGUACUUUGACAGGUCAGUAAAAUUUGUAAACCUCUAGCUAAGCUAACUAAGAAAAAAAGAGAAAACACAAAUUGCUGAUAACAGAAAUGAGAAAGGGGUCAUCACUAUUGAUCCUAAGGACAUUAAAAAGAUAACAAAAGAAUAUUAUGAGCAACUCUGUACCCACAGAUUUGAUAGCUUAGAUGAAACAGAUCAAUUUCUUGAAAGACACAAACAACCAAAACUCACACAGGGAAAAUAGAUGAUCCGAAUAGGCCUAUAUCUAUUAUGGAAAUUGACGAAUUAUGGAAAUCAAUAAACAACCUUGCAAACAAGAAA